GUGGGGUGGAGGUGGGCGUGGCCUGGGGAGCGUCCGUGCUUCCCUGAGACGCAGCGAUGGCGGAGGGGCCCACAGAACACCCCUUCUCGCAUCUAAUUGAGCCAUUGACUGAAGAUCGUCCAGACAAAAAAUAUUUUAAUAUUCUUAAACUUGAAGACCACAGAUAUGAGUUGUUACCUUACUCCAUUCGUGUACUGUUUGAGGCUGCUGUGCGGAAUUGUGAUGGGUUCCACAUAAAAAAAGAAGAUGCUCUCAAUAUCCUUGAUUGGAAAAACCAGCAGAACAAUGCUGAUGUACCUUUCUGGCCGGCACGGGUUCUCCUCCAAGAUUUCACUGGCAUUCCAGCUGUGGUGGAUUUUGCGGCCAUGAGGGAAGCAGUGAAGAAGCUUGGGGGGGAUCCUGCCAAAGUGAAUCCUGUCUGUCCAACUGAUCUGAUUGUUGACCAUUCACUGCAGAUAGAUUACAGUAAAAGCGCAAUACAAAAUGCUCCCAACCCUGGCGGAGGUGAUGCUUCUGGUGCAGGAACAAGGUCAAAUGGUGGAAAGCUACAUUCUAAAACGUCUCCGUGUAGAGGCUAUGGUGCCUGUUCAAGUCCAUGCCAGAGCGAAGCAGGUUCUGCGUCCAGCUUAAGAAAACAGUCUGCGCAGAUCGAGAAUACGCCAUUGCUUUGUCCCUUCCACUUACAGCCUGUGGCAGAACCAGAAAACGUACUAAGGAGUCAAGAAAUGGAAUUCAACAGAAAUAAGGAGAGGUUGCAGUUUUUCAAGUGGAGUUCUAAAGUGUUUCAGAAUGUGACUGUGGUGCCUCCAGGAAGUGGACUCGUGCAUCAAGUCAAUUUAGAAUACCUGUCUCGCGUUGUGUUUGAUCUGGGUGGAGUUUUCUUCCCUGACAGUGUGGUGGGCACAGAUUCUCACACGACGAUGGUGAACGGUCUUGGAAUCCUAGGGUGGGGUGUCGGCGGAAUCGAAAGUGAAGCAGUUAUGCUUGGCCAGCCAGUCACUCUCACAUUACCUCAAGUAGUUGGGUGUAAACUGGUAGGGAUCAUUAAUCCACUGGCAACUUCUAUAGAUGUUGUUUUAAGCAUUACAAAGCAACUUCGACAAGUGGGAGUUUCUGGAAAAUUUGUAGAAUUCUUUGGCUCAGGGGUGUCGCAAUUGUCUGUAGCAGACCGAACAACUAUAGCAAAUAUGUGUCCUGAAUAUGGUGCUACUGUGAGCUUUUUCCCGGUUGAUGAUGUUACUUUGAGGCAUUUAAAAUGUACAGGCUAUGGUGAAGCGAAACUUGAAUCUGUGGAAACCUAUUUAAAAGCUGUGAAAUUGUUCAGAAAUUAUGACAAUUCCUCUCAAGACCCUGAUUAUUCUCAGGUCAUAGAAUUAAAUCUGUCUUCUAUUGCACCAUAUGUAAGUGGUCCAAAACGACCUCAGGAUAGAGUAGUAGUAACUGACAUGAAGAAAGAUUUCCAAAACAGCCUGAAUGAAAAGGUUGGUUUUAAAGGAUUUCAAAUUCCUCCAGAGAAGCAAAAGGACACUGUUGAUAUUAAGUAUGAAGGAAAAGAUUAUAAGCUUUCCCAUGGUUCUGUUGUCAUAGCAGCUGUAAUAAGCUGUACAAAUAAUUGUAAUCCAUCUGUCAUGUUGGGGGCAGGCUUGCUGGCUAAAAAGGCUAUUGAAGCUGGCCUGUGUGUUAAACCUUAUAUUAAAACCAGUCUGUCUCCUGGAAGUGGAAUGGUGACCUAUUACUUAAAUGCCAGCUGUGUGCUGCCUUAUCUCCACACUCUGGGAUUUGAAGUUAUUGGGUACGGCUGUGCAACAUGUGUUGGGAAUACUGCCCCUUUGCCUGACUCUGUUGUUGCUGGUAUCAAAAAGGGUGAAUUGGUUGCAUGUGGAGUUUUAUCUGGAAACAAAAACUUUGAGGGCCGCCUCUGUGACUGUGUUUGUGCCAACUACCUCGCUUCUCCUCCACUUGUUGUAGCAUAUGCCAUAGCUGGCACGAUUAACAUAGAUUUCGAAAGUGAACCUUUAGGUGUCAAUUCAAAAGGAAAAGAAAUCUACCUGUGUGAUAUUUGGCCCAGUAGAGAAGAGAUCCAGCAAGUGGAAGAACAGCAAGUGAUUCCUUCCAUGUUUAAAGAGCUGAGAGAAAAAAUGGAGAAAGGAAAUAAACGCUGGAAUGCCUUGGAUGCUCCUGAGUCAGAUUUGUACCCGUGGGAUUCAAAAUCAACGUACAUCAGAUGUCCUUCAUUUUUUGAUACAUUUACCAAAGAACCCAGCCCCCUUCAGUCCAUUGAAAAUGCUCAUGUCUUGCUCCAUUUGGGAGAUUCUGUUACAACAGACCACAUAUCUCCUGCAGGCAGUAUAGCCCGUAACAGUGCUGCUGCUAGAUACCUGACAAGCAAAGGUCUCACACCUCGUGAGUUUAAUUCUUAUGGAGCACGAAGGGGUAAUGAUGCUGUGAUGACGAGAGGAACCUUCGCAAACAUUAGACUUGUGAACAAGUUUAUUGGGAAAACCGGACCUAAAACUAUAUACUUCCCAUCUGGACAAACUCUCGAUGUUUUUGAUGCAGCAGAACGCUACCACAGAGAGGGCUUUCCACUGAUAAUUUUGGCUGGAAAAAAGUAUGGUUUGGGCAAUUCAAGAGACUGGGCUGCUAAAGGACCAUAUUUGCUGGGUGUGAAAGCUAUCUUGGCAGAGAGUUAUGAAAAGAUACACAAAAACCAUCUAGUUGGUAUGGGCGUCAUUCCUCUUCAGUUCCUCCCAGGGGAAAAUGCAGAAGUACUCGGUCUUACUGGGAAGGAACAAUACACCAUCAAGCUUCCCCAAGAUCUGUCUCCUGGAACAAUAAUAGAUGUAAUGACAAGUGCAGGAAAGACAUUCAAAGCUGUAGCUAUGUUUGAAAAUAACAUGGAGGUCACCUUUUACAAGCACAGUGGUAUUUUGAACUAUGUUGCUCGAAAGAUGGUAUAACAGCUGCUAACGUCUUCGGAUUUCAUCCACCAGUGUCAUAUAACUGUCCUUGUUACCGUCCACAAGCAACCUUACUGGAUGCAACAUUUAUGGAGUAGUGAGUGGAUAUUGCUGUUGGCCUUCCAUGCUAGUUGUACUGUUUUUAUUUGAUCUUAAAAACUGUCAGCUUGCACUACAGAGGCCUGCUGUGAAUGUGAAGGCCUUGACUUGCAAGUAUGCUUGCUUUAUUUGAAUUUAUAAUCACUGUUGUUUGUUUUUCAUACUUUUGUUUGUAAUUUAACCUUAUACAUAAUGUGCCAGAAAACAACCUAUUCAUGAACAUACAGAUGAGAAAGUCAACCACUGACAGAAUUGCCCAUUUACUUCACUUCUGCCUUUUCUAUGCGUAAAGACUUUAAAGCUGCAAGACAUACUUUUUGUUAGUCCACGUAGGCCUGUUUCAGAAUCGGAGGGUCCAAAUUUAAAACUCUUUUUCAACCUUUCCAAUUUGGUGUAAAUAGUUUACUCAAUGUAAAAUUAAAGAAGUGUUUGGAAAUGCUGUGUAUUAAGGCUGCCUACAAAUCACAAAUUUAAGGUUCUAAAUAGGAAGAAAGUGUUGUGAAAUCAUGCUCUCUGGACCAACGUCUCUGCUACUCAGCCAGCGUUAACUUACGGAAACAUCUUUCCGUGAUGAUUUUGCCAUAUAACAUUACUGAUAAAUCUGUACAUUUUUAAAUAGGUUAACACUUAUCUAUUUAGGCUUCCUCUAUACCACACUAUACAGUCCAAGCUACUUAAUUUGAAUUAGUGUAAUCCUGGAGCAUGGGACAUAACCACUGGUUUAAUUUGCAUGUGAAAACCUCCAGUUCCCUUUGGUAUUUGCAGAGAAGACCACUCUUUAACCUUAGAGAAAGGCAUUCUGCUUAAAAGCACAAAAUGGUGAAAGCAGUGCAGAAAACCUGUCUGGUUUCUUCAGAAGAAAGUCACUACAAUAAAUAUCACUGAAGGUAUUUGUUUAGACAUGGUACCCAUCACAAAUAAGUCUUGGUAAGUUGCCUUUUUUUCCUUUGCAACAACAAAUAACAUUUGUAUAGAGCUUUUCACAACAGGAUGACGUCCUAAGGUGCUGGUCAGGGAUCCACAUCCGAGCUGGUUGGGAUCAGGAGGCGUGGAGGGUGGGGAGGGUAGGGGUAGGAGGGUAACCAAAAGCACGGUCGAAGAGGAGGGUCUUGAAGGAGGCAAGGGAGGGGGCAAGGCAGUGGGUCUGGGAUAGAGUUCCAGUGGAUGGGGGCAGAGACUGAAGGCUCUUCAGCCACCAGUUCAAAGUCCUCUGCCUUUGCAAGUCUGGGCAGUAUAUAUUUUAUACUGUAUUUAUAGAUAUGCCAAAUAUACAAACAGCUUCCCAUCCUCAGUCAUUGCAAUUCCUGAUUCAUUGUCUAAUAAUGUGCAUGCUGAUUAGUUAAAUUCCUGGCUGCCAUCAUCAUUGAAUGGCCUGCAUAUUAAUUUAAGAUGGGGAGUUUCAGUUGACACCUGUUCACCUUUGUUUCUUCAUUCUUUCUGUAAGCAGUUUUAAAUUCUCUUCCCAUCCCCCCCCAUUGGAAAUUCACAGCUUGUUUCUUAUUGUCGUCUACAAAGGCAAACAAAAACUAUACUGCAGUUUUAAGCUUUUGAAUGUUUGGUAUUGUAUAAUAAGUGUUGGAGACAAAUGUCUUUCCGUGAUGAUUUUACCAUAUGUUACUGAUAAACUGUACAUUUUUUAAUAGGUUAUGAGAAUAAAUAAACUGAACCUUAAAAUCGA